GAUGGAUUCAUCGUUCGGGUCACAAGAUGAUCUUGCUUUAUACACGACUGAUGUUUUAGGCGAUGUGGCAAUGGAAGAAGUAGAACUUAAAAAAGAAGAUCAAGUAGACAACGAAAACAACAAUGACGACCCUGAUGAUGAUUGUAACCAUGGUUUAACAUUUGACAAACAUGCGUUUUCGUUCUUGCCUCAAGUGCAUAGCAUUGUACAAAGUAUUCUGAAUGGUGACAAUUCUGAUGAGAUUGGCAAGGCUGUGGUACGACUGAAUGACCGGAUUGACCAAGCACGACUUCUAUUACAAGAUCUACCUGGAUUACAAUACGGCAAGGAAGAACAGGAAACUAUCUUGCGUCAAGAAACUUCUCUAUUACAGCAAAAGAAAUCUCAGCUGGCCAAAUACUCUACUUUGAAUGCCUUUACUAACAACAAUUAAUCCUUCUUUUAUAUUUUUUUUUUGUCCCUCCUCUUUAGUUAUUUUUUUCAUUUGGAUAGAUAUUGUCGCCUUUUUUUUCCUUUCACUUUUUUUAAUUUCUGCUCUUUUUUCAUUCUAUAUCCAUUCUUCAAAUGGCUCUUUAUGUAUAUAUAUCCUUUUCUUUGUAUAUCUC